AUGUUUUUUGUCGAUUACGCUUGUGCAGAAUGUCAGGAAGAGGUUAAGAUACUACCUCGCAGUUCACAUGAGUUCAGAAUUGUUCGAAGUCUUUAUAUUUUUGAAAAUGAUACAAAAAAGUGUGAUGAGGCAGAAUUUCUAUUGGUACCAUCCCGAGCUCCUUUUUGUGAUUCCCAUGAUUUAAGUGUGACUUUUUCAUCGGUUGCUGUGUUACCAAAUGGAACCAACAUGCUGCCUUACAUUUUACUUAAUGUUUCCAUUUGGGUUAAUAAUCCAGUCUCCUCUGUUUUUCUUCGUCUGGAGUGUUUGGGCGCUCCAAAUAUGGAAGACGAUUAUUGUCAUAAUCACGAGGAGCAGUCUCGGAGGUGGGGGCGUAUGAUAUGGCCUUGUCGUUCUCUAACCCUUUCUGAACCCGAUCUUGUCAGUUAUCCAUAUUUUUUUAAUUAUCAUUGUUUUCGACUUACUUCUUAUUCACAUUAUCGUUUGAAUGUGUCAUAUGCUCCAAAUGCUUGCAGGAAAUCGUUUAUUGUCACAAUACCGGAGGAGGCUCAAAUGAACCCUGCUAUAAGUCGUUUCUAUGAUAAAGAUGCUGCAAGUGGUGGUAAUUAUUGGUCACCACUUGCUUCCGUAGAUUUAACCUUGCGAGACAGAGUGGUUAUUCGUUAUGAAAAGCAGCCAGCUUUAGCGGCUACUCCAAUCUCUAUUGCUGUCUUUGAAACGAUCGCUUCCUCUUCUGCCCAUCUCUUUACGAAUACAUUAGAUGCUGGCGUCGUUGAAUAUGCAUGGAAGAACGUCCCAGCUGGGAACUUUACUGUAUAUUUAUACGUUAGUCGCUUAGACUGUGAUCUAAUAUGUAACAGCGAUACUGUGGAUAAAUGUACUUUAUGUCCAAGUACAAGAAUUUAUUUCACAGUUGAGGAAGAUAAAAUUUGGUUUUCGGCAUCAGUGCAUGGUUUAUUAUCUCAUGGGACUUGCGUCGUUGGUGCUUCGAUGCUGUGUUUUGUUGUUACAAUAGGUUUUUUGUUCUUUUUCUUGGCGAUCAAAUGCUUUCACAAAGUUCCAUUACGAGAAGUAUUACUUUCGCAUCGAACAACAGUUUUUAUCGCUUAUGUAGACGACUGCAAACCACAUUCUGAUUGCAUCGCUGUACUUGCAAAAGUAUUGCAGCACAGUGCGAAUGUAGAUGUAUUCAUGGAUCAAUUUGAGUUGAAAUAUUCGGAAACACUUCCAUUGAGAUGGUUCGUCAACAAAUUUGCAGUAGCUAAUCAUGUAGUGCUUAUUUUUUCUGAGGGAGCAAGUGUCAUCCUUCAUGGGGAAAGUCUUAUUCAACGACAACCGUUUCCUGAAUUCUUCUCUGUUGCGCUUAAUAUGUUGAUAGCGGAAUACAGUAAAGAUGUCACCAAACAAUCUGGAAAGUUACUAUCAGAAAUAAGGCCGCGCUUUGCAUUUGCCUAUAUGACCUAUUCUCCAUCUUCAGUGAUCCCCGAAGAGCUUACUACUUUACCGAUCAAUAUAUUUAAGCUGCCUGAACAGGUUCAGAAUCUCAUUUCAUGGUUGCAUAAUCAACCGUCUGAUAUCUAUGUAGAUGUUUGUGUUGAUAUUUCGGAUUUGAAAAGUGCCGUGAAUGAAGUUGUGGAAUACCGACGCAAGAACGCAAUUUGGUUAACAGAAAGGUUGCAAGACAAGCACAAAAAUUUUGGAUCUGCUUUUGCACUACAAAAUGUUCCUUUCCAAUCAAACCGCUCGGUGUUAACACCUGAAGAACAAAUUAAUAUUGCGGAAGUGUUGAAUUUGGAGCCACCCGAUAUUCAUUCCUCAAUAGAAGAAAUUCGUUCUAAGGAAGAUGACGUGUUUGCUUUAAUAGGAUCACCCAGUGAUAGCAGCUUCGAUUCUGAUGAUUCCACUUCCAACAGGAAGCAUUUACAGUAA